AUGCAACAACCUCUACCACCACUGCCACAACAACCACUGCCACAACAACCACCACUACAACAACCACCACUACUACAACAACCACCACUACAACAACCAACACAAAAUCUAAAAAAAGUCUUGCCAUCACAACCUAGAGGGAAAGUACAACGACCAUCGCAAACAGUAGUUCCAACAUCUAACGUUAAUAAUAAUACUCGACAUCAAAAAAAUCCAUCAUCAGAAAAUACACAACGAUCUAAAAAAAAUCAACGACUACCUCCCGUUGAACCUCAACCAAAGAAACCAAUAAAACAAAAAACACCUAAAGUACAAAAACUUCCUGAACCUCAAAAGCUGCAAAAACAAAAGUCCAUAAAACCAAAAUUACUUAAAGUACAAGAAUCUCAUGAAUUUCAUGAGCCACAGAAACAAAAACUACAAAAGUUACCAGAACCUCAACCAAAGAAACAACCACAAAAACAAAAAUCCAUAAAACCACAUAAAGUACAAGAAUCUCUUGAAUCUCCACAAUCACAAAAACAAACAUCCAUAAAACAAAAACCAUCUAAACUGCAAGAACCUCAACCAAAGAAACAACCACAACCACAAAGACAAAAAUCACAACCACAACCACAACCACAAAUUACAAAUAAUAAUGUUCUGCAACCAGCAUCGAAUAAUAAUGGUUCAAGAAAAGUCCAAACAAAAAAUCGGAAACAACCACAGCAACAACAAACUCGAACAAAAGAAGUCCCACGAAAGCGAGUACCAAGGCAAAGACGUCGGCCACAACCAAACAGACAAGCAGACGAGCAAGAUCUAAAUCAAGAUGAUGAUGUAUCUGCACAAAAUUGUGAGGAUGACCAAAAUGAUAGUACUGAAGAUGCUGAAAAUAGUGAAGAUGGUGAAUUCUUUGCAGAAAAUCUAUAUGAUAAAGAUGCUGAAGAUGAUGACGAUAAUGAAGACGUUGAAGAUGAUGAUGAUAACGAAGACGAAGUAGACCAAGAUGAAGAAGAUGAAACAAAUGAGGCAGACGAAGAUGAAGAAGUAGAACAAGAAGAUGAAGAUGAAACAAAUGAGGCAGACGAAGAUGAAGAAGUGGACGAAGAUGAAGAUGAAACAAAUGAGGUAGACGAAGAAGACGAUUAUGUGAAUGAUGAUGUAGAUGACAAUGUAGAUGAUGAAGAUGAUUUAGAUGAUUUUGACAUUGGUUCUGGAGGUGGCGCUUUUGACAUGACUUCAUUAAAUGAUUCUCUUGAUGCUGGUGGUGGAUUUGAUCUUGGUGGUGGUGGUGGAUUCGAUUUCGGUGGUGGAGAUGGUGGAUUUGAUCUUGGUGGUGGUGGUGGAUUCGAUUUCGGUGGUGGAGAUGGAUUCGAUUUUGGUGGUGAUUGUGGAGAUUUUUAA